GGGAGGUUCUUUUCCGUUUUAGUAUAACAUUUUCCCACUCACUCUUUGAGAUUUCACUAAUGAAGGUUUUAAAGACAUAGCAUUUGUAUUUUAAUUUACUGCUCCCAUUUUUUCCCUGCUGCAAAAGAGUUCCGUCGUCGAGUUGUGCCUUUGGACGUUUUUACGUACUUCUAUAUCCUGUAAAAUAUAAUAUCAGGGGCUCCUCAUUCUUAAAUGAUGGGAAUCUCCAAUCUUUUAUUAAUGCAGCGAAUGGUGCCCAAAAUGCUAAUGCGUAUAAUGGAUUAGAUAAAUGUGAAAUAUUAUUCGCCGUACUUUUUCUUUCUAAUUUAACAAAUUGGUGGGGAAAAGUAAAAUCAUUUUCGUGCAUUGGCUGUGUAAAAAUUGUCCUACCAUGUUUUCUGUUCUCCUCCGCUUUAUGGUUGCAACCUUUUCCACCUAAUUUAUUUGCCUUUCUUCACGUUUUUUUUCAUUCAGGGAAUAUGCUUCGAAGUGUUUUAUUAUUUUGACCAUUUUUGAUUGAAUUCCGUUUUUCUUUAUCAACAAUUUUCGUAUCGAACACAACAACCCUUGGCAACUUUGUUACAUCAAAACCUACUUUAAGCCCUAAAAACACUUUGCAGCUAUAAACUUUUUACACGUAAAUGUUAUGUUCAAACAUUUAUUAGUUUGGCUUAUAACCGUCUUAGUCUGAUCAAAUAUUCAUAUAAAUUUGACAUUGUGCAUUCACCGGAGAACAAUUCCGCGAAUCCAUUCUUUGCUUAUUUUUAUCGGCCAUGGAUUACAUCCAGGUGCCGGAAUGGCUGGUUUCUCGAACUGAAACGAAUGUACAGAAAAGGCUGUCCCUUCCCUUUUCUAUGCGAAUUUCUCAGUCCAGUCUGGAGAAAGUGGCCUCAAAAAGUCCAGAGCUCCUGGAUGUCGAGCAACCACUAUCGUAUACUGUGCGGAGAAAUUCCCUGCAGGAGCUUGGAUUUGGAAAGGCGGAAUCCUACUGUAGACUGGAGAAGCUUGGAGAGGGUACAUAUGCCACUGUGUACAAGGGAAUGUCGCGGCUCACACAAUGUAUGGUGGCUCUCAAGGUCAUCAGAAUGGAAAAGGAUGAAGGGACCCCGUGCACUGCCAUUAGAGAAAUUUCGAUCCUGAAGAACUUGAGACACGCCAACAUUGUUACCCUGCAUGACGUCAUUCACGGCCAAAGCUCUCUCACUCUAGUCUUCGAAUACCUGGAAAACGACUUAAAGAAAUUUCUGGACAACAGAACUGACCUGCUUCCUGUUGAGGAUCUCCAGAUCUUUCUGGCCCAAAUUCUACGUGGACUGGGCUACAUACACGAGCGAAAUAUCCUCCACCGAGACUUGAAACCUCAAAAUCUUCUCAUCAACAGUCGCUGCGAGCUCAAAAUUGCAGAUUUUGGUCUGGCGAGAGCAACCAGUGUCCCUUCGAAGUUGUUUUCCAAUGAGGUGGUCACUCUGUGGUACAGACCCGCAGAAGUACUCCUGGGAUCCAACCAGUACAACUACCCUUUGGACAUGUGGGGAGUGGGCUGUAUCUUCUACGAGAUGGUGACUGGCAAGCCGAUGUUCCCUGGGCAAAAUGUUGACAACCAGCUCUCGGAGAUUUUCAGCCGACUGGGAAUGCCCUCGUCUGACGAAUGGCCCGACUUCGAUGAGAGCAAAGUGAAGUCCAAGUUCAGAAUCAAGAGUCUCAAUCGAACUCCUUUGCAGGAUGCUUUCAAGAGAAUAAACGAGGAAGGCUUGGAGCUGAUAAACAGCUUUUUGUCGUUUGAUACUACUAAAAGACCAACUGCAAGAGAAGCUUUAACACGCAGCUUUUUCAACUCGAUGCUUCCUGAGCUUUUGCAACUGAGAGACGAUCAGUCCAUUUUUGCUCUAAGUACAGUCAGAGAGCCGAUGAACUUCGACGAAGUGACUCUUUUUGUGCCAGAUUUGAAGAAGAUAAAGCAGAAGAAGAUGAAAGGGCGUCUCUCGCUGACAUCCGCCCUUCUGAAAUAGAUGACACGAUUUCUGUUUUUAUUUGAGUUGAAGUUUUAUUAUUAUUGUUGUUGAGUUAGAAUAAUUAUUGAGUGGGCUGAAGCCAGCCAAUAUAUGAAUGGACUGGAAAAGAACCAGACGAAAAUUCCAACUACCAGAGAAUUGCUUCAUGUAUUACCAUGGUACGCAUC